AUGGAAACUACAAGUUCAUUUGAUGAACAUAUUUUUCUUGAAACUUAUUAUCAAGCCUCUGGGUGUUCAAGUAAAAUAAGCGAACACGCAACAAGGAUUAGAUUAUUAUUAAAUGAAUUAAAUAAACAAAUGUCUGUUUAUGGACAAACAAGUCAUCAAAUCAAAGAAUUACAAAAUGAAUAUCAAUUUGUUCACGGCAAGAUUGAUGGAACUAUUCCAGUUGACGAGGUAUUAAGUAAUCCGAAAUAUAACCAACUUGUUGAUGGGUUGAAAGUGACUCAAGAAGAUGUUGUUGAAUUUCAUAAUGAUAUUAUUGAUGAUGAAAAUUGGAAUAAACUGGAUAAAUUAAUUCAAAAUGUUCAUGACACACCACAACACCCAAAACAAGUAGUACUAAAUUUUAAUUUAAUGAAUGAUUAUUGUCAAAAAGAUGAAGUUCAAAUUCUGAAAGAUAGAAUCCAAGAAUUGGAAACAGAAAAUAAAUAUCUUAAAGAUCAAUUACACGAAAUUAAAGAUGCUUAUAACAGAGCUCAACAAAGUCGUCAUAACAAAUCUCCAUUUUAUGAUCAAGUUCAACAACCAUCUCAGAAUAUAUAA